AUGUGCAUACCACCAUUCCCCGCAGCCUCCGCCAGCCUUGAGUAUGCUGAUGAAUUUGUUGAUGUCGGUGCACCGGACAUCCCUCCUGACGUCCUGGAUGAGCUUGAUAUUGACCUGGAGGAGCUCGAGGAAUUAAUACGCAGAGAAGAGAUGCGUGAGGAGCAGCAUCUUCGUAUGGAUCGCGAUUUCCUCGUUGAUCUCAAUGCCGCUGGCCCGCCAUGGGACAACUUUGAUCGAAACGCCGCAUUCAAAUUUGAAGACACCCCGGCGGAACCGCUUUUUGGUGAGGAGUUCUUCACCGAUCCUGAAAUGCCUUUCUCCGAAUUAGUGGAAUAUUUCUCGUACAGUUUGGAGCGCACCUAUCACAUUAUGAACCAGUUGGAAGAGGGAAUGGAUCGGGUGACCAACGAAUUGGAUAGGUUGAUAGAUACC